AUGCAAACGUCAAAAUUGAGACCAUUCUAUCAAUUGGCUGCUGUCACCAUCACAAGAACAGCGUCAAUAGACACAACAGUUGUGAAUUCUACAAAUCAAUUGAAGGCAUGGAAGGACAUCCCCGGUCCGUCAAGUCUCCCUAUUUUAGGUCAAACGCAUCAUUUUUUCCCUGGAGGAGAGUUGUAUAGCCUCAGCUUACCGCAAUUAGGUGAACAUCUUUGUAACAAAUAUGGACCAAUUGUUAGAUUUGAUGAAUUGUGGGGCAAGCCUCUGACUUUAUUUUUAUUUGACGCUGAACAAUCUGCAAAAUUGCUUCAUUCAGAGAAUUGGUUGCCCAUCAGGCCUGGGUUCAACUCACUAAUUUACUACAGGAAGAAAUACAAGAGAAGCAAUGAAACCGCAUGUGACCUUAAUGGAUUACUCACAGAUCACGGUGAACCAUGGAAGCAAUUCCGCUCGAUCGUUAAUCCCGUCUUGAUGAAGCCGAAGACUAUUAAACUUUACAAUGCUAUGAUAGAUGAAGUUGCACUGGAUAUGAUUGCCAGGUUUAUUUAUUAUUUCAGGUUGAAGUCUUUACGUGGGAACAAUAACAAGAUUCAGUCUGAUUUUGAUAUGGAAAUGAAUCUAUGGUCACUGGAAUCGAUAGCACUAGUUGCUCUUGGACGACGACUUCGAUGUUUCGACUCGCAUUUACCACAAAACUCUCCUGAAAAGAGACUCAUUAAAGUGGUUCAUGAUAUUUUUAAAUCAGUUGAAGCAUUAGAUUUCAAACCCAGUCUAUGGAAAUAUUAUCCUACAAAAGCCUAUAGACGUGCUAUGAAAUCAUACGAAGAACAAGAAAUUUUAGCUAGAUAUUUUAUUGAUAAGACCAUCGAAGAACUAAAUGUACACAAAAGAGUGAUCGCUGAAGACAAAAAAAGCGUCCUGGAGAAAUUACUUGAAAUAAAUAAAGAUAUUGCUGUUGUAAUGGCCACUGAUGCUCUACUUGCCGGUGUCGAUACGACAUCGAACACGAUAAUCGGCGCGCUUUACCUACUAGCCAAUAAUCAAGACAAGCAAGACGCACUCAGAGAAAAAAUUAGAUCUGUUACUGACGAAAAUGAGAAACGACCGUAUCUGAAAGCAUGCCUGAAAGAAUCCAUGAGAAUGAUGCCUAUUACUGUUGGAAAUGCAAGGGUUUCUACAAAGGAGUAUGACAUGUUAGGUUACCAAAUACCCACCGGCGUUGAAAUUAUUAUGAUGCACCAAACUAUGGCUAUGAUGGAGAAGAAUUAUCCUCGUCCAACAAAAUAUAUACCAGAAAGAUGGCUCGUUAAUAAAGAUGAUCCACUGCAUCAUGGGAAUGCACAUCCAUUCGCUUAUCAGCCUUUCGGGUUUGGAGUGCGAACCUGCAUCGGACGUCGUAUUGCAGAAUUAGAAAUGGAAACAUUUCUUAAGAGACUAAUUGAGAAUUUUAAAAUAGAAUGGUUUGGCCCACCAGCUACCACUAGAUCGGCGGGCUUAAACUAUGUCAAUGGCCCGUAUAAUUUUAUUUUCAAAGAUUUAUAA